AUGUUGAAUUGUGGCAAGCAAUACUGUAUGUAAGAACAAGAACGUUUAUUUUAAAAAAGGAAUUGUAAAGAAAUGUAAUGAAUAUAUUGCUUAUCCAAAUUCAUUAUAAAAUAACAAGUAUUAAAAAAAACAGCUUUAGUAUUAAAUAUUCAGAUAUUGAAAUAAAAUCUUUUAUACGUUUUACAUAUGACUUAAUUGGUUGUAGAAUUUUAUUUUGUAUUAAUAAAAUUAAAAAGUAAAAAUUUGUUACAAAAUUAUUAAUUGAUUAUUUUAUGUACAACAAAUUUGAUAUUUGGUAGCAAAAUAUACUUAUUGAUUCUUAUUUGAAUAAUAUUCUAAUUAUUUAAUAUAAAAAAUAUGUUGCAUAAUACUGUAUAUCAGUCAUAUAACAAGAAAUGUAAGGAAAUACUCUUAAAGUGAUAGUAAAUAAUUACACAUUUGAUUUUUAGCUCAAAAUUCAUAGAUUCUUACAAUUUGAGUAUAUUCAAUCAUCUUAACUAAUAGAUUUGUGACUUUUGAACCUCAGGUGAACCUACUACUUGUCUUCUAGUCGCCAGUACUUCUGUACUGUUUAGUAUUGGAGCAGGCAGGGCUAUAAGGCUAGAGACAAGACCAGGCAGGACAAUCAGGAUACAGGACAGAGAAGCGUCAUCUUAAUAGAUCACAGUGAGGGAGGCUUUUACUUGUAUUUCUUUUGGUAUCUAGCACCUAUUGCAUAUAUCUUAUAUAUUCAACUAUUUAUAUGAAAAUAUUGCAUCACAAUUUUCUAGAUUGUGCCUGAACUCAUUGUGUGGCACAUAUAAUAUCCAAAAAACAGAAACAAAUAAUUAUUAACAUGUAAUUAUCAUCAUUGUUAGAGAAAAAGAUACAAAUUAAUUUAAUUACUCAGUUACUAUGGCUAGGGAUACAUCCGUGCCAUCCAAAUAUUUGUAACGUUUUGUUAUAUUUACUGUAACACCUUCAGAAAUGACUAUAGACCUAGGAUUUUAUAUUAGACAUUGGAGAGCACGAUUGUUUCUCUAAUUUAAUGGAAUAUAUCGAUAAUAGCAGUGCAUGUAAAAAUCUAGGUUUUGAUACAUUGAUGAUUUAUUUCACUAUAAACAAGGUGGUUCUUACAUAGAUUAAACAUCUCAGGAUAAAAGGGAAACUGCAUGGAAAAAAAUGUUAAUAUGAAAUGAAAUUAAUGAAUUCGCAAAAGAACCAGGUUCCAGGAACCAUUACAAUUAUCAGUUAGCAUUUUCGUAGGUUACCUAGACUAAUUAAUUAUUUAAGUUGUAAUGUUUUAAGAGUUAGUUAAUAAAAAUAACUAGAACCUUCCACGUUACUCUUUAAUUUACAAAAUAUAAUGUCCAUAGUAUAGGAUAAGUCAAAAGUACAAGAACAUGUAUCGGAAUAGGGAAUAGUUAGAGAUAAGGGCAGUCCUCUAUUUGGUCAUUAUUACAGAUACAUUUGGUUAUUUUAUACAAAUAUUAAUGAAAAAUUUGAAAUAUUAUACAUAGGAAGCAUUCUUGUAUUUGUCAACUAUGUAGUCAAUCGAAGCACAACUAAAGGCUUUAUAUUUAUAUGUAUCACAGUAUUAAACAAUUUGUAUAUAUAAACAAUCUGUGACUAAUUUUGUGUAAUUUUUAGGAUAUAUAACAGGCAUGGAUUUAUGAAUGAAGGGAUACGUUCAAUUUUACAUUUUAUAUAAAUUUCUAUCGUAAAUUAUAUGUGCUAAAAAAUAUCAGUCUAUAAAAAUUUGUCAUAAAUACUUUUAUGUAAUAAUAACGUAUUAAAGAUUAUAAAAAUUUAUGAAAUUCUUAAUGAAAAUUUAAGUUGUUUUAAAUUUAUUUUUAUUAUAUAUGUUUAUUAGUAUAUUUUAUUAUUUAUGUUUAUUAGUAUAUGUUUAUAUGUUUCUAUAUCAUAUCACAAAUAUAGCAAUAAAUAGAAAUGUGUAUAUUCUUAAUAGAUACGAGAGAUUUAAUUUAAAUGGAAUUUAAUUCUAUUUUGUAUCCCUCUCAAUUAAAUCCACUUUCAAAAAAUACAAUCUUUAAUCAGUGUUGUGCAAAAUUAUAACGUGUAACUUGAAUGCUACUUUCUGUUUUAAUUCUAUCUACUCAAAUUGACAGUUAAUCACAGAGGUAUAAAUAUUUUUUAGUAUAAUUAUUUUAUUAUUAUGAUAAAUUUAUUAUUAUGAUAAAAAUUCCACAAAGCAAUAUAGUUUAUAUCGUAUUUGUG